AUGGCGGCGGUCUUGGCUCGGCUCGGGCUCCGUUCGGUCAAAGAGAUUCGUGUUCAGUUUUGCCCCUUCGAGAAGAACGUGGAGUCAACGAGGACCUUCCUCCAGGCGGUGAGCAGCGAGAAGGUCCGCUCCACCAACCUCAAAUGCUCGGUGAUUGCGGACGUGAGACACAACGGCUCCGAACCUUGCGUGGACGUGUUGUUCGGAGACGGACACCGUCUGAUUAUGCGCGGUUUCCACCUCACCGCUCGGGAAAUGCUCACCGCCUUCGCCUCCCAAAUCCAGGCCCGGAGUGCGGCCGGAAGCGGGGACCAGCCGGCUGCUGGUACCGGCCGGGACUGA